AUGAAACCCAUCAGGUGUCGACUUGACUCAAAAAUUUUCCCAAAUUUGCUCAAAAUCCAAUUGCUCUCGUCUUUUAUCUACUUUGCUUCAUUUCAUCUGUCUUUUCUAAUUAUUUCCCCUUUUGGGUUAUUCAAUAUUUUCCAUCACAACUGGUUCUUUAGAGCAAUUGAAAUCAUGAAUAAAGAAAGAAGAAUUCAGCAGCAAUCACCGGUUGAAGCUGAAAUCCCUCUUCUUCCCCAAGAAAUCCUGGUGGAAAUCCUUUCAAGAUUACCCGUCAAAUCGCUUUGCCAAUUCAGGUGUGUCUCAAAGCAAUGGCUUUCUCUUAUGUCAGAUCCCCUUUUAGCCAAAUCCCACCUCAAAAAAACCGUUAGUAAUGAUUGUUUUUAUUCUCAGAGAAAAAGAGUAAUCAUUUCCUCACACAAUUUGUACUCUCUUGAAUAUGAAUCAAUUGGUAGAAAUGGUAGUUUUGAUGAGAAUUUGGUAGCUUUAGAGCUUGAUUAUCCCUUGAAAGACAAGCCAAAUGGAUUAGCUGAGUUAUUAGAUUCUGCCAGAGAUGGUUUUCUGUAUUGUGAAAGAAGUGAAGAAGGUAAUGAUGAAUUUCCAGUAAUGGUGAAGUUAAAUUUGCCAUUUUGUGUGAACCAAAGGAAUUGGGUUGAUAUCUUAGGCUCUUGUAAUGGUUUGGUUUGUAUUGCCCCAGAUGAAGAUACCCUUUUUUUGUUUAAUCCUUCCACUAGAGAAUCCAAGAGAAUCCCAGACCCACCUUCGGGUUUCGUUCCGAACGGUUGGAGUUUUUAUGGUUUCGGUUAUGAUUUUGUUAAUGAUGAUUAUAAGGUAGUGAAAGUAGGUUGUGGAACUGUUUGUGUUUACUCAUUGAGAACUGAUUCUUGGAGGAUUGUUUGUAGUUUUCCAUAUGUGGAUAAUGUGUCUGAAUCCGGAGUGCUUCUUAAUGGGACUAUUCACUGGAUGGUUAGUUUCGAAGAUGGGGUGGAUUGUAGGUGUGUGGUUGCUGCUUUUAGUUUGGAAGAAGAGGUGUUUUCGGAUAUGCCGGCACCUGACAUUGUCAAUACUAGCUUUGAGUUCGUGGUUGGGGUUCUUAAUGGUUGCCUGUGUGUGCUCCAUAGCCGCAAUCAGAUGCACAAUGAUUUUUGGGUGAUGACUGAGUAUGGUGUGGGUAAAUCAUGGACUAAAUUAACCCUCAGUCUCUCAUACAUAUGUAUGAAGCCGUUGUGUUUGGCGCAGAACAGAGAAGCCCUGUUGGAUGUUGAUGGAAAACUGUUGCUGUACAACUUGGAAGACGAUAGUUAUAAGUACUUAGUGGUCGAUGGCAUUCCGGCAGGGGAUGGUUUUGAAGCUGAUACCUACUUGGAGACCCUCGUUUCACCCAAUGGCUUCUGUCGGACUUGAACUAGCAGUAUCAGGAAAUUUGGGAACUUUGGGACAAGUGGUAAGAGCUUAAUAUGAUAAACUCGUUGGAGUCCGAGCAACAUGGAAUACCAAUUGAGCUGUUAAGUUUUCAUGGAAGGUUGAGGAUGUGAGUGGCAAACCUUCAUGGUAUAUAUCUUCAGCAUGUAACCAUAAGGUAGCCUUAUAGUAACUGUUUUAGCUGAUAUUGUCUUCUAUUGAUCCUUUAGUUAAAUAUCAUAUAUUUGUCGAUCAUAGCUUAUACCCAUCUCCGAAUAAGUGUCAGACAUAGGUGUUAGACACUGGUACUUCAAGAAAAAACAAAGAGUUGGAAGAACAUAUGUUAGAACUUGUUUCCUCCUUUGGCAGACUUAUAGUGGAAUGCAUAUCGUUUUUUCUCCUCUUCAUCUUCAUGUUCUUCUGUUGGCAAAGAAUCACAGCAGCUCUAGUAAUCGUUUUUUGGAUCGGAUGGAUCCUUCUUCUAUGGAAUGAUACGGAAGCAAACCCGUUUGAAGGUUUAGACUAUAGAUAGAUAAGAAAUAGUCGUCAACAUGAACAUUUCGUCCAUAUAUACUUUGGAGUUGUCGAUAAGCUCUUUGAAAUUGCAUGUACACUAGGUCCAGUAAGACCUGAGAUUGUAAUUUGGUGUUAGGGAUUAUCUUUAAUGUCUGAAAUUUUGUACCCUUUGAUUGUUCUUCUCAUUGGUUUAUAAUAAUAGCUAUGAGAUUAAUGUUA